UGCUAUGGGCAACUCAGCAACUUUUCCUCUGCAGAGGACAUACUGUAGUUGAAGCCCCUUUGGCAGUGAUUCCAGCCUCCAGUUUGUUGGGGAUGAGGCCACAAGGUUUAUACCUGGAUUUGGGGAUUUUCUGCCAUUCUUCUCUGCCGAUCCUCUCAAGCUCUGUCAGGUUUGAUGGGACUGUCGGUGGAAGCCAUUUUCAGAUGUUCCAGUGGGUUCAACCAGGUGGUUGUGUGAGCUCACAAACCACAAUGGUCAGCGUGGUCUUCUCCCAGGAGGUCCAAGCUGAGAAUGUGACGGUCGUAGAAGGUGGGACAGCCGAGAUCAGCUGCCGUCUACACCACUACGAUGGAUCCAUUGUGGUCAUCCAGAACCCUUCCCGGCAAACCCUCUUCUUCAAUGGCACACGUGCUUUAAAAGACGAGCGGUUCCAGCUGGUGGAGUUCACCCCUAAACUGGUCAAGAUCCAUUUGUCCAACGCGAAGUUGGAUGAUGAAGGCGGCUACUUCUGCCAGCUGUAUACGGAAGACACUCAUCACCAGAUCGCCACGCUCACAGUGCUGGUUCCUCCAGAAAACCCAGUGGUGGAGGUGAGGGACCAGGCUGUGGAGGGAGGACAAGUGGAACUGAUCUGCUCUGCGCCCAGGACGAAGCCUGAAGCCACCCUGAGGUGGUACCGGGACCGCAGGGAACUGAAAGGUGUUACCAGCAAACAGGAGAAUAUAAAAACCUUCAGUAUUACGAACAGUAUUCAGUUUCCUGUGGAGAGGAGGGAUAAUGGAGAAAUAGUCACCUGUGAGGCCUCGCACCCGGCUCUAAAGGGUCAAAAGAAGCAGACGCAAUACGUACUGGACGUCCAAUUUUCUCCUACGGCUCGAAUACAAGCCUCCCAGAGCCUGGUGAGGGAAGGAGACCCAUUGACUCUGAAAUGUGACAUAACUGGGAAUCCCAGGCCGGAUGACAUCAUCUGGAGCCGUCUCAAUGACACUUUACCGGAACGAGCGCAGGUCCAGGGAGAACUCCUGACCUUUCCGGCUCUCAGCCUGCAAGACAAUGGAACCUACACCUGCCAGGUCUCCAACAAGCAUGGCCGUUCCUCCGACCAAUACGUGCUCGUUGUGUAUGACCCCGGAGCGAUCAUUGAAGCCCAGACUCAAGUCCCUUAUGCUAUAAUAGGUGGCAUCUUGGCACUUCUGGUCUUCCUCGUAAUCUGCGUCCUUAUCGUCAUGGUCUGGUGUUCCGUCCGGCAAAAAGGCUCAUACCUGACUCACGAAGCCAGCGGACUGGAUGAGCACGGAGAAGCCCGAGAAGCAUUUCUAAAUGGCGGCGAAAACCACAAGAGGAAGGAGGAGUUUUUUAUUUAAAAGAAGAAAAAAAACGAGAAAAAAAAAACACAGAAGAAAAAAAAAAAUCCCAACACAGUAUUAAUAACCUGAAUUUUUAUUUUAUUUUAUCUUACCUAUAGAGGGUGGGCGGCGGGGUAGUAGGAACGUAUAGAGACGCCAUAGAAGGAGAAAGGAUUAGCCUCGCUGUUGGAAGGGGGUCGGCCAUGUUGGAUGCUGCUGAGCCCCUUACAACUAUUUGGGGGGGGGGGGGGAGGGAUUGGGUGUCAUUGACUUGAUUUAGAAGACUGACUUUGAUGUAUGCAAGAUAAACACUGCAAAGGUCCCCGAAACGGGGAGAACAAUGAGUAUUUAAUUUUUUUUUUCGUGGUUGGAUAUUUACAAAGGAGCAACGGUACAGGUAGGAAAGGGUUAAAAAAAAAGCAGGAGAGGGGGGGGAGAUGUACUGUGUGGCUCUGCUGAGGCCCGCGCCUUCAUACGCACAUACCCCUGGCGCUUACGGAAUCGGGAGAGUCAGGCCACCCCUAAGACGCAACAAAUAGACGAAUAGACACAGGGCGGUGGCGAGGAGUGAGGCGGGCAGGACGGGUGCGCAGUGAUUUGUGCCGGUGCAGGCUCUGUAUUAGGAGCGUGACGUAUCCUUAAUCACCGUAAUUAGGCAGAAAUCAGCGCGGCUCAGAACCCUGGCGAGGAGGGGGGGGGGGGAUAUGCAGCCAUAAGUCACUGGUUUAUAUGGAAGAACGUGAGAAUUCGAGGCAUUGGAAGUGAUGCGAGUAACACGGAGCGCCCCCCAAAUAUUUUAUUGUUCCAAUGCAUCUAAAAUACAUAACGCGUGGCGUCUAGAUUAAGAUAUCCUAUCGUUUUGGGUAUACAGCUCCUGUGAAGGCGUGUGUGUCUUCCCAGGGUUGGUUUGUAGUUGUUAAGCAGUGGUUUCCAAACUGUGGCCUUCCAGC